GGAUACGUUGAUACUAGAAGAAGCUUUGCGUUUUCUACAGCCUGUAGACCAUGAAUGUGGAUCUGGAGGAUGGGAAAUGUUGUGCGGGGUGCUGUGGCCUUUGCCCCCUCAGAGCGAUGUCAACGAUUUUUAGUAGGGGACUUGAAAGAGAUGCCCCUUGAUCGUACACUUGACCUGAGCAGCCGUCAGUUACGUCGCCUUCCAAUCAGAGCUUCUGCCUUCAGUGAGCUAGUCAAACUCUACCUGAGUGACAACCAUCUUAACAAUUUACCAUCAGAGCUGCGAAAACUGCAAAAGCUACAGCUCCUUGCUCUGGACUUCAACUGUUUUGAGGAGCUGCCUCUGGUAGUCUGCAGCCUCUUACAGCUUAACAUUCUCUAUCUCGGCAAUAACCGACUUUAUGGGCUUCCCAGGGAGCUAUGCAAACUUACUGAGCUUAAAACGUUGUGGCUAGAGACCAAUAGCUUCACCAAGUUCCCUCGAGUAGUAUGUGAGCUUCCCAAUAUCAAAACCCUCCAUUUGGGCUACAAUCAGCUACGUAACUUACCCUCAGAACUUAGUCGACUUGAGGAGCUACGUAGCAUCUGGCUAGCGGGGAACAUGCUAAAUCAGUUCCCAACUGUGCUACUGAAGAUGCAUUACUUGGAAGUGAUUGAUGUGGACAGAAAUCGUAUUUGCCAUUUUCCAUCGCUUACACAUUUAAAAGGGCUGAAGCUUGUAAUCUACGACCACAAUCCUUGUGUUAAUGCACCCCUUGUGGGUGAGGGCGUGCGACGGGUAGGCCGCUGGGCAGAUAGCUCUGAUGAUGAGGAAGAUGAUAAUGAAGGAAAGGUUGCCAAAGUAGGCAUGAAGGUGCAGGGAUUCCUGGAAGAGAAUGAGUGAAGAAAACGCAAUAUUGCAAAAGACAUUGCAGACAGAAGGAAUAUUCUGGGUUAAAUACAAGUAAAGCCCAAUCAAAAGCAUUUUUCGCAUUCUUGGGACUUCUAAACAAUCUUGGUUACAGUGCUGCACUUACAAUGGAAGUGAAUGGAGCCAAACGUUAAAAUACACAUUGUUAUAAAAGUAUAGCCACAAGAUGUAAACAAAAUGCAUGUUAAAAUUAUUUUAGUCUGAAACUCGCUUAUUAACCUUUUUUGUGUAAAGUUAUAUCCAAUUUGACAUUUUCUUUGCCAUGACGACUUAACGCUGUAAAGCCUAAAUCGACUGAAAAAUUACUAUUUAAACAAAUUUACAGCUCAAAUAAUUCACAAGUUGUAACAGAAGAAUUAUUGUAAGUGAUUUAUAAGCUUAACUUGUCUUAAAGUCAAAAAUUUACCCCAUUCACUUUCAUUGUAAGUGCCUUUUAUUUUAAAGAAAAGGAUGAGUCUAAAUAAUUUUUUGUGGCAUUAACAUUAUGCCACAAAUGC